UCGGACCCCGACCCCGAGACGUUGCCUCAGGCCGAGCCGCAGGCGCCAAAGGAGCAGCCCCUCGCCGCGUGGUCUCCGCAGACCCCGGAGCUGCCCCGCUCCAGGCGCUUCGCCAGAGCCAUCGACAGCAGCCGUGACCUGCUGCACAGGAUCAAGGAUGAGGUGGGCGCACCCGGCAUAGUGGUUGGAGUCUCUGUAGAUGGAAAAGAAGUCUGGUCAGAAGGUUUAGGUUAUGCCGAUGUUGAGAACCGUGUACCAUGCAAACCAGAGACAGUUAUGAGAAUUGCUAGUAUCAGCAAAAGCCUCACCAUGGUUGCUCUUGCCAAAUUGUGGGAAGCAGGGAAACUAGAUCUUGAUAUUCCAGUACAACAUUAUGUUCCUGAAUUCCCAGAAAAGGAAUAUGAAGGUGAAAAGGUUUCUGUCACAACAAGAUUAUUGAUUUCCCAUUUAAGUGGAAUUCGUCAUUAUGAAAAGGACAUGAAAAAGGUGAAAGAAGAGAAAGCUUAUAAAGCCUUGAAAAUGAAAGAGACAAUGGAAUCCGACCAAGAAAAAGAGUUGAAAGAAAAAGGAGGCAAAAGCAAUGAAAGGAAUGACUUUGCUAAAGCUAAGGUAGAGCAGGAUAAUGAAGCCAAAGGCCGGAAUUCAAAACCUGUCAAGAAAAAAAAUGAUUUUGAACAAGGUGAAUUGUAUUUGAGAGAAAAGUUUGAAAAUUCAAUUGAAUCUCUAAGAUUAUUUAAAAAUGACCCUUUGUUCUUUAAACCUGGUAGUCAGUUUUUGUAUUCAACUUUUGGCUAUUCCCUACUGGCAGCCAUAGUUGAAAGAGCUUCAGGAUAUAAAUAUUUGGACUAUAUGCAGAAAAUAUUCCAUGACUUGGAUAUGCUGACAACUGUGCAGGAAGAAAAUGAACCAGUAAUUUACAAUAGAGCAAGAUUUUAUGUUUACAAUAAAAAGAAACGUCUUGUCAACACACCUUACGUGGAUAACUCCUAUAAAUGGGCUGGUGGUGGAUUUCUGUCUACAGUGGGUGACCUUCUGAAAUUUGGGAAUGCAAUGCUGUAUGGUUACCAAGUCGGGCUGUUUAAGAACUCAAAUGAAAAUCUUUUACCAGGAUAUCUAAAACCAGAAACAAUGGUUAUGAUUUGGACACCAGUCCCUAACACAGAGAUGUCUUGGGAUAAAGAGGGUAAAUAUGCAAUGGCAUGGGGUGUCGUAGAAAAGAAGCAAACAUAUGGUUCUUGUAGGAAGCAACGGCAUUAUGCCUCACAUACUGGAGGUGCAGUGGGUGCCAGUAGUGUCCUGCUGAUCCUUCCUGAAGAACUGGAUGCAGAAUCUAUAAAUAAGAAAGUCCCCCCAAGAGGAAUAGUUGUUUCUAUCAUAUGUAAUAUGCAGUCUGUUGGCCUCAAUAGCACUGCUUUAAAGAUUGCUCUGGAAUUUGAUAAAGACCGAUCAGACUUACCUUAACAUCACAGAUGCAAAAUGAACUGUUUCAUUUUUUUAAAACAUUAAAGUUCCAAAAUACAUGAGAUUUUUAAGAAUAAAUUUGUAAUAGAGUAUAAUUGAAUGCAGAGAAUUAUAUACCUCUAAUUGCUUAAUUUUGUAAUUGUCUUUUAUUGUAGGAUUAGUUCUUUAUACUCAGGGAAGUAUAACUAUAUUGUAUUUUUGAAAAAAAUGUUAACUAUUGGAAUAAAAUAUUCUGAUAAAAGUAUGUACUUUUGGAAUAUGUAA